UCUUGCUUUAGGCAUUACUUACCGGCUACCGCUAGUUUGGGUACUCUUUUUUCUCUUGAUUGCUUCACUUCUCUGUGUGCUUCUGAUUCAUUAUCAGUAACCGAUCCAUUGGAAGCUUAAAGAAAGAAAAAAAAGAAGAUUAGCCCAGUGUUUUGAUUACCUUGUGAGAGAGGUGUGGGAGAGGAACAAAUCUGUUUGUAAUUUGGAUCUCUUUCCUGUGAAACCCUAAUUUUCUGCAUAAGUGAAGGUUCCUUACUCAAUGGAAACUGGGGAUGACAAUAGCAAUGCCGAUAGCCCUGAACGUACGGCAGGGAUGGAGGGGUGCUUGUAUUCCGAAGCUGUAAAUAAUGGAGUGGUAAUUGUUGAUGGGAGUGGUCCUGAUGAGAGCAAAGAAAUUAGGCAUUCGAAGAAGGAAGCUGUAAAUACCAGAGUGUCAACUGCAGAUGGGCGUUUUCGGACAUACAAGAGGCGGAAACAUGUAAAGAUGAGUUGUUCAGAAAGCAAAGCUCAGGAAGAAAGCAGAGUGUGUGUGGAAGCCGCAAGUCACUUUUCAGAACAGGCUGUGAAGAAACCAUAUGGUAUAGCUGUAGGAAAUACUUCAAAAGAUAAUUCAAAUGGACAUUGGGGGAAUGUUGUACUAAAUCAUUUAUAUCAUUCAUUAGGCAAUGAUAACAGUGGCACAAAGUGGUGCAUAAAGGAAGCACUGAUGAGUAAUCCAAAAUCCAUUACCGACAUGGAAACUUCUAAAAUUGACAAAGAUGGCCAAGAAUGCUCGUCACACUUCGACUGUUCCUCUCAUAGGUUACAGUUUGAAGCUAAUGGGCAUGCAUAUGUCAUGCAUGGUGGAUGUUCAAGUGAAUCAGAUGGCAAUGGUCUUACUAAGAAGUGUCAGCGUGUGUUCCAUAAUAUCUUAGCCUCUGAAAAAUUCAGUUCAUUAUGUAAGGUGCUACUAGAAAAUUUUCAUGGAAUGAAACCUGAAAGUGUAGUUGACUUUAGUGUCAUAAAUUCAAGGAUGACAGAAGAAGCUUAUGAACAAUCACCCACACUUUUCUUGUCAGAUUUUCAACAGGUUUGGAGAAAGCUUGAAAACACUGGAAAUGAGAUUGUUGCUAUAGCAAAGAGUCUUUCCAACUUGUCAAGAGCGUAUUACUUAGAGCAUGUGGGAGUUCCUGGACACAGUUCAUUUGAGGAUCAAAAACAAGUGUUCCAUAACUAUGCAUUGGACAAUGUUAUGAGACCACAGCAGACAGAAGUUUGUGCUACAGAUAAAGUCUGCAGUUGCAGGCAUUGUGGAGGCAAGGCAGAUGGGACAGACUCCUUGAUUUGUGAUUCAUGUGAGGAGAUGUACCAUGUAUCUUGUAUUGUGCCGGCUUUGAAGGAAUUACCUGAAAAAAGCUGGUUCUGUGCCAAUUGUACUGCUAUUGAAAUAAGAUCUCCACAUGAUAAUUGUGUGGUGUGUGAAAGGUUGAAUGCCCCAAAGUCCUUGAACAACAUUGUUGGUGAUGAGAGCAUUCCUACAAAUGAUGAAACACACAAUGAAUUGGAGGAAAAUUCAAAUUGUACAUAUGGGAUCGAGGUGUCCAUAGGGAGAAGAAACUUGCCUGAUUGCAAAAUUUGUAGGGAGGAAGUAGAUGGAGAAGAUGUACGGAUAUGCGGUCACAAUUCAUGCCCUAGUAAAUACUAUCAUGUAAGGUGUUUGUCCACUAAGCAGGUCCAGUCAUAUGCUCACUGUUGGUACUGCCCUUCUUGUUUAUGUCGAGUUUGCCUCGUUGAUCGAGAUGAUCACAAGAUUGUUCUCUGUGAUGGUUGCGACCAUGGAUACCACAUCGAUUGCAUGGAGCCUAAACGGACUACCAUUCCAAAAGGCAACUGGUUCUGCAGAAAAUGCGAUGCAGGGAUCCAAGCAAUACGCCGGGCUAAAAAGACAUAUGAGAAUUUCAAUUUUAGAACUGGCGAAGAUGUUUCAAAGCCUAAGUAUAAGCUUGGUAAGAAAUGGAAACAAGGACGAGAAUUGGAGAAAGAUGGAGGAAUGGACAUGCUUUUAACAGCAGCCAACACACUUAAAUUUGAAGAGAACUUGGCUAGUAGCUAGAUUGGUUAAUAAAAAGCAUGAAUUCCUUGACGGCAUAUGCAUUAACUGGUCCUAAACAUGCUUGUGAUAAAAAGAUUUUGCACUCCUGUUUUGGGUUUCUCAGAGAACUGCUGUUAUCAAGAAGAUCCUUUCUAAAUGUUUCUCAAGAAGAGUUAAUUUCUUUGAAGGAACCGAAGGCUGUGUUAUAUUUAUUAUUUGAAGGAACAAGAAACAAAGCGCUUGACAUUAACAAUCAGAAAAUCUCCAAUUUAUUAAGGGAGUGGGUGAUAAAAUUAACUCAUACCUUUGCAAGUAAAACGAGCGGCAGCUUAGAUGGGGCAACUGUAAUCUUCAAUAUUGAUUUUGUUAGAUCUGCUGAGAAGCCAGCAAAUGCAUCCGAUUAUCAAAUAUUCGUAUAGGUAUACUUAUCCUAAUCAAAACCUAAUGACCUAUCAUGUAACAUGUAUACCUGUCCUAAUAACAACCUAAUGACCUAUCAUGUAACAUGUAUACAUUUUUUAUUUUUUUGGAUCAGUGGGGGGCCAAAAGGCGCAGAGACGUACUUUAUAAUCAAAGGUAAAAAAUAUCAAUGAUAAUGAUUCAUUUUGAAGUGGAGUAAAAUUACCUUUAAAAGAGCGGAUAGAGAGAUCCAGAGAAUGAAAGAGGAAGAAAAAGCUACAGGGUUUGGACUUCAGAGAGGAGAACCAAAGAAGGAUGCAACUUCUAAAGGAGAAUAUAGUAACAUUAUGGAGACAAUCGGAGAAGUUUUGGGGAUAGCGGUCUAGAUUAAAAUGGCUGUGAUGAGGGGACAAAAAUACGAUAUUCUUUCAUACCACCACUAUUUACAGAAGACAAAGAGAAUAGAAAGGCUGAAGAAUGUGAUAAGAGAAUUUUUGCCGGUUUAGAAUCGAUCAAAAGCAAGAAUCAAUUUGUUGGUAGUAUAGUUUAAACCAACAAUAAACUCUCUUAAUCAAAUGUCAAUUUCAA